AUAUUUGCUCCGCGUGGCAUAAUUAUAUCUCAUGCUCCUCCCAUCUGACCCACGACAUUUUUUCUUCGUUCCCCAUUCCCUUUGACACAUCUCUUCUAAUUACUGUCCUAUUGUCCUGCGUGUGGCUAGAACGCAAUGCCCGCCAUGACCGUCUCGUCGGGUGAUCAAAUGCCCAUGGACGUUGAGCCCUCAUCAGGAAGGGCUCGCAUCGCUGUAACAGAGUCCAAGAAGUCAGGUGCAACCAACAGUCAAUCGUUGCCGCCUCCCCCAUCGCAACCCACAGCCGAUGGGGAAUACCGUUGCGGCAUCUGCAACAAGACGUACAGUCGACGUGAUCUGCGGGACCGCCAUCGCCGCCGUUGUAUUAAAAACAUCGGCCAGGAACGCCAGUCCAAGCGCAAAUCCUGCGACGCCUGUGCGCAAAAGAAGUUGCGGUGCUCCAUGACCCGGCCAUCCUGUAGCCGGUGUCUGCAAAGCCGACGGCCUUGCGUUUAUCCACAGUCGUCUGUUCCUGUUCAAGGAGCCACUCUCGAAGACCCUCCGGAGGCUCUUGAUUCGUCCGCGGGGUCUCUCCACGCGGUUCCGGCCUGUGCGGGCCUGAUUCCCGGUGGUACGCCAUGGCCCCUGCCGGUCUACCCUUUCGACCCCUCCUCCACCUGCGAUGAACUGAACGAGAUCCCGGGCUCCUGGAGUCCGGACACCCCGUCGCACGCCGACUUUGCCAUUCAUGGCGUGAACGACAGUACAAUGUUUCCGAUGCAGGAUGUCUCGAUGAUCCACUCACCACCCUGGAAUGACGACUUUCAUGAACAGCCCGAGACCUUUGGCCUUGAGGACUACUUUCCCGGGUCUCUCGACACUUGCUCCAGCCACUCUUCUCAGAUGCUCUACAUGCCCCCGCACGGGACGAUGGGGUCUUCCCCGGUGACCAUGGUACCCCCGACCCCAGCGGGUCUUCCGGGCGACUCGUACACUGCGGCGCGCGGACUGAACCUGUCGUCGCUAUCGGCGGGCUACUUCGAUAAUAUCUGGACGGAUGGCAUGGCUCCUAACGACGAGGAGGAUGAUCCAUGGCGGCUCAGCACAUACUCGGUUAGCCGAACCGGGUCAGCGUUUGGUCAAAGCUUCCUACCCAAGACCAGCCACCACACCCCAGGCGACAUUAGCGAUCUCUAUCAAGAGCUGUUUAGCCUGUUACGAGAAUACCCGGGGCUCACUCUGCAACGACAGUUCUGCUCGCCUUUUCUACAUCACCAACUGCAGGGGUAUGCGAUGCAAUCGAUGGGGGAGCCUUUGAGCACUACCCUCAGCUCUAUAUCGUCCUAUGCUUCUUACAUGGAGUCGUGUGAUACGUUUGACCUCACCAUGCACACUGAGGACCGUCUGGCAGCGGCCGAGGGCUGCGUAGUGGCCCUGCAUGGGGUGUGCGUCAAUCAGAUCCUGAGCAUUUUCGGCGACAAUUUCCCCGUGGCCGGCAUGGGUAAGCUGCCAAACCCGGCUGAGGAUGGACAGGCCGAGGCUCCGGUUUCAUUUCUCUUACGGAUGAUUCAGCGCGUGUACAAACUUCAUGAAGACAUCCUCCGCACGCCACACGAGGAUGAAACGGAUUGGAAGCGAUGGAAAUUUACCGAGUCGCUGCGACGGAACAUCUUCUUCGCCAACAUCAUUGGCACGUUGGCAGGCAAAGCGCGACGAUUCAACGGGGCCUACAUUGACCCGCUGGACAGUGCGAUCCUUCUGCAGCUGCCGUUGCCGGCACCGGAGGAGAUGUGGCGAGCACGCAGUGAGGGGGAGUGGAUGAUUUCCCGCGCCCAGACGCUACGGUCAUGGACGCGGGGCCUGGAUGGCGGCAUGCUGCCAGCUCCGCGGACCCUGCAGCAAUUGUUGGUGCUAGAGGAGGUUGGCAGCGUUAGUGUUACGUUAUUGCUUCCCAUCACGCGAAUGAUUCUGGCGUGUGCCAAGCUCAAUGGGGCGUCAUAUAGCUAGGAUGGGGCCUGUACUGUGAUGAUGUGAUGUAUUUCUUUUGUUUCCUUUUCUGUUUCCUAAUACCCUGAUUCCCUUGCCACGGUGUUUGCAAGGGUGUAUUGUCAUAUUUGCCUUUAGAUUAGAAGUUGGUGGUUAGACUACAAUUGAUGACAUGACCGAGAUCGGAA